CUUAGCGCGAAACGACGCCUGCGCAGAUGCGGCCACCCGGCUGUCGUUGUACCCCGCGCCGCCGAGCGGGCCUCGAACGGGAUGGCAGAGGAGGUGAGCGCCCUGAUGAAGGCCACGGUCCUGAUGCGGCAGCCCGGGCGGGUGCAGGAGAUCGUGGGCGCCCUCCGCAAGGGCGGCGGAGACCGGUUACAGGUGAUUUCUGAUUUUGACAUGACCUUGAGCAGAUUUGCAUUUAAUGGAAAGCGAUGCCCUUCUUCUUACAAUAUACUGGAUAAUAGCAAGAUCAUCAGUGAGGAGUGUCGGAAAGAGCUCACAGCGCUCCUUCACCACUAUUACCCAAUUGAGAUCGACCCACACCGGACCAUCAAAGAGAAGCUACCUCAUAUGGUGGAAUGGUGGACCAAAGCGCACAAUCUCCUAUGUCAGCAGAAGAUUCAGAAGUUUCAGAUAGCCCAGGUGGUUAGAGAGUCCAAUGCAAUGCUCAGGGAAGGAUACAAGACCUUCUUCAACACACUCUACCAUAACAAUAUUCCCCUUUUCAUCUUUUCUGCGGGCAUUGGUGAUAUCCUGGAGGAAAUUAUCCGACAGAUGAAAGUGUUCCACCCCAACAUCCACAUCGUGUCUAACUACAUGGAUUUUAAUGAAGAUGGUUUUCUGCAGGGAUUUAAGGGCCAGCUCAUACACACAUACAACAAGAACAGCUCCGUGUGUGAGAACUCCGGCUACUUCCAGCAACUUGAGGGGAAAACCAAUGUCAUCCUGCUGGGAGACUCCAUCGGGGACCUCACCAUGGCCGAUGGGGUUCCUGGUGUUCAGAACAUUCUCAAGAUUGGCUUCCUGAAUGACAAGGUGGAGGAGCGGCGGGAGCGCUACAUGGACUCCUAUGACAUCGUGCUGGAGAAGGACGAGACGCUGGAUGUGGUCAAUGGGCUGCUGCAGCACAUCCUGCACCAGGGGGACCAGUUGGAGAUGCAAAGCCCCUGAGGGCGCAGGCUCCAGCCAGGCCUUCGGGCCUUGGCGAGGAGGGGGCACCUCCCUGGAGUCCGCUCCCCAUUGAACACAGAGCAGAGGCCAGGGAGGCCAGCAGCAGCCGGGUCCUUCCAUGCCCUUCCGUCCUCCUUUCCCUGAGCGCAUGCAUCACCAGAGGCUUGAGGGGCCCCGUCACGUGGCAGGGCACAAGCACUGUUCCUGGUGAACCUGGGACCAUAGCAUGCCAGUGCUCUAGGGAUCGUCUAGUCCAGGGAUUUUUUUUUUUUUUUUUUUUUUUUUUUUCAAAAAUUUUAAAUGUGGGAAAUUGUUCUUCAAACAAAUGUAAUGUGUGAAACACAUCAAAAUUUUAAAAAUGAAAAA